AUGCACCUGCCCGGCUGCGCCUCCGCCAUGGCCGACGGCAGCUUCUCGCUCGCCGGCCACCUGCUCCGCAGCCCGGGAGGGAGUACCUCGCGGCUGCACAGCAUCGAAGCCAUCCUGGGUUUUACCAAGGAUGACGGGAUCCUCGGCUCUUUCCCGGCGGAGCCGGGCGUCCGGGGAGCCAAGGAGUGGGAAAGGAGGCCGGGUGCGCGGGCCGCCUGCCCCAAGGCGUCAGGCGGAGGAGCUGAGCCCUCCCCGCCGCCGGCCCCGGCGCCGGCUCCUGAGUACGAAGCCCCUCGCCCCUACUGCCCCAAGGAGACGGGGGAGGCGCGGCCGAGCCCAGGACUGCCUGUCGGACCUAUUGCCGGGGACGCUAAACUGUCGGAGGAGGAGCCACCCAAAAAGAAGCACCGGCGGAACCGCACGACCUUCACCACGUACCAGCUGCACGAGCUGGAGCGUGCGUUCGAGAAGUCCCACUACCCCGACGUGUACAGCCGCGAGGAGCUGGCGGGCAAGGUCAACUUACCUGAGGUCCGGGUCCAGGUGUGGUUCCAGAACCGACGGGCCAAGUGGCGGCGGCAGGAGAAGCUGGAGGUGUCGUCCAUGAAGCUGCAGGACUCGCCCCUCCUCUCCUUCAGCCGCUCUCCGCCCGCGACGACUCUGGCGCCCCUCGGGGCGGGCCCGGGCGGCGGUGGCGGACCGGCGGGGGGCGCCCUGCCGCUGGAGUCCUGGCUCGGGCCGCCGCUGCCGGGCGGCGGCGCCACGGCGCUGCAGAGCUUGCCGGGCUUCGGGCCGCCGGCGCAGAGCCUGCCCGCCAGCUACACGCCGCCGCCCUUCCUGAACUCGCCGCCUCUGGGCCCCGGCCUGCAGCCUCUUGCGCCGCCGCCGCCGCCCACCUACCCCUGCGGGCCCGGCUUUGGGGACAAGUUCCCGCUGGAUGAGGUGGACCCGCGCAACAGCAGCAUCGCGUCGCUGCGCCUGAAGGCCAAGGAGCACAUCCAGGCCAUCGGGAGGCCGUGGCAGGCCCUCUAG